CGACAAAAAAUGGUCAGUUCGGUCAGUUUCCACGUUACAGGCAGAGAAUGCUGCUGUAUGAGAAAUUUAUGAGGUUUCAAGUUGUCAUUGUUGUCAUGGCAACCAAAGCACAACUCUCACAACUACAAAUUUUACUCAGCAGUAAAUUGUUAUUUGCGUGGAAAAUAACUACUUUUAGCCCGAAAAUGAAGGGAGUGUACUCGAGAGACUCGAAGUUGAGAAAUGUUAGAAUGACACUGUCUAUGCUUGAUGCUAAAUAUUCCAAAUCAUCUGUGAUGGUGGAUGAAGAAGACUACUCUGGCUCUGAUAUGGAUGGAGAUGAUCUGAUAAAGAGAAAUAUUUCAGCAAUGUCUGUUGAGCCAGUUGAGCAUGUGCCUCAAGUAGAAUCGGGUCCUAAUUCGAAAGUUUUAGUCGAACAAGACCAUCAUCAGAAUAGUUUGGAUAGUUCUCAGGCGAUGACUUCAAAGCUUCUACAGCCAGCAAGUGCAUCUGAGGGAAGCCCACCAGCAGUAGACAAAACUUCUCUUGAUACUGAUAGUAGCAUUGAAUCCGUGAAAACUGAUUCAAUUUUGGGAUUUACUAAUGUCCAUUCUGUUUCAUCUCUAGCGGACUCAGUACCAAGAUCUGACAAAAAUGAGCAAAGGAUGAGCAUCUCUCUUUUAACAGCUAUGCAAAAGUUGCAACCCGAGUCCUCAUCUGCUUCAGCAGGGAUAAAUUAUGUGAGUAUAAUUUCUAAUAAAGACAGAAAGGAACCCUUUGAUGUUACUUCAUGGAGCACAUCAAGUUUGGAGUCAAUUCAGAAGCUAAUGACUCAGACUCAAGAAAAGUCGGUAGAAAAUACUAAUAACCCACUCAAACUGGAGCAAGAAUUUCUACCUAAAGAAGAACCAAUAGGCUUUCAUCAGAGUUUAUCUCUAACAAGUAAUAUGUGUGAGCAAGAUCCAUGUAAUGAUGGAGAGCAUACAACCAAGAAUUCUGUAUGGAUCACGCCUGACAGAUAUCCUCGAAAACUUCAACACUGUAUAUGUAAUGAACGACCAAAACUCAAAAGAAAGUCAACUGCUGUACAGACUCAAUUCUUAGGUCAUCAAGAUAUGCAGUCCUCUGUCUUGAAGAAUAUCUCAAAAGGAAAUAAAUUAACAUCGGAGUAUUCUGUGAAUACUCCAGCAUUUAAGGCUACAAAGCUACCACUCUUCUUAAACGACAUCUCUCAUACCAGCCAAGUUGGUCUUGACAAAGGUCUAAGGCCAGAACCAUCAAGUUCUAUUGAAAAUGAACUAUCUGAGCUAAUCUCCCAUCACCUCUAUUUGACAAAAGAAUUUCUUGAACGACAGCAUAGAAUGUACAUGGCAAACUGCAGAGCUGUCCAAUUACUUGAGGAUGGAUACAAAGAAAAAAUGCGUCAAGGCAUUUGAAACUUUUUAAGGGCAAAGUAUUGACUAUUUUCUGUUUGGAGAGGACUGAAGCAGGCCACAAAAUUAUGUGAACUGUGGCAUUGCAGGUAAUACUAAUUCCAAAUGAAGUGGAAUUGUGCCCUGCAACGGCUGUGAAUUUGAUCUUGCUAGAUGUGUGUGUAUGUAUGAAGCUGUAACGAGAUGAAAUAAAGCAAUCUUUAAAUGUCCCAGCCCCUUUAUGAAUAACGUAAUUUUCUAGAAGAUUCCAACAACAGUAGAUUUUAUUUACUUUUCUAUAUUAGGCACUA